AUGGCUGCUAUAAAAAAUGCCCAAUUAAAAAAACCCUCUAAAAGAAAGUUGAUUCGUCAAAAGCAGUCCCGUCGCAAGACAAACAUGAUGAAAAAGGCAUCCGAAUAUAGCAAGAUGUGUGACGCGGAUGUAUGCGUAGGUAUUCGCAUGCGGGAGACAGGUCAGAUACAUAUUUUAUCCGCGGAUACUUCGGGCUUUUGGGCUUUCCUUCCUUUACAACUGGUAGGUAAACACAAAAUGACAUAA